AUGACGGCAACAUCGGGCAGCGACCAAGUCUCGGAAGAGUUCACCUGGACCGAGGAAGAGGAAACAAUUGUGAGGCGCAAGCUGGACAUGUGGAUCGUGCCUCUCACCACCUUUCUCUACCUGCUCUGCUUCCUGGACCGAGCCAACGUAGGAAAUGCAAGAAUCCAGGGCAUGGGGAAAGAAUUGAACCUUGACAAGGGUGUGCGGUUCAACUGGGUCACAUCCAUCUUCUACAUCGUCUACAUGUUCGUAGAGGUUCCAAGCAACAUCCUGCUCAAGAUCAUCGGCCCGCGCUACUAUCUCCCUCUCCUCGUCUGCGGAUUCGGUCUCGUCUCCAUGUGCACUGCAUUCGUCAACAGUUUUUCAGGAUUGCUCGUUGCGCGGGCUUUCCUGGGUGUCUUCGAGGGAGGAGUCAUGCCUGGUCUUGCCUUCUUCAUCACCUGCUUCUACAAGCGCCGAGAAUUGCUGCUUCGUGUCGGCAUCUACGUCUCGGCCGCCUCCCUCGCCGGAGCGUUUGGCGGCCUCUUGGCUACAGGGCUCUCCCGCAUCCCUGAAUGGGGCACUGAAACCAUGCGCAUCCACACCUGGCGAAACAUCUUCUUCUUUGAGGGUCUCAUCACCAUGCUAUCAGGUCUUGCCGCACCUUUCGUCAUGCCGACCAAACCGAGCGAGACCUGGUUCUUGACCGAGAGAGAGCGGAGAAUUGCCACCGAGCGCCUUGUUCUCAAAGGCGGAGCUGACGAGCAGGAGAAGGUGGAACUCCAUCACGUCACCAGGUCAUUGGCCAAUAUCAACAACUACAUCUGCGCCUUCGGUUUCUUCUUCAUCAACAUCACCGUCCAGGGCAUCUCGCUUUUCAUGCCCACCAUUCUCGCUGAUCUUGGUUGGACGGCCACCAAGGCUCAGCUCUACUCCGUCCCGCCUUAUGUCUGCGCCUGUGUUGUCGCCAUCUUCAUCGCUUUUGUAUCCGACAAGACCAAUCGUCGUGGCAUCUACCUUGCCGCCUUCACACUUCUGGCCAUCACUGGCUUCGCCAUCCUGAGAUGGGCCACAGAUGCAAACAUCCGAUACAUGGGCGUGUUUUUCAUCACGCUUGGUGCAUUCCCUGGUGGUCCUGGAUUCCUUUCCUGGGGCAUGAAUAAUGCAGCCGGGCCCGCUAUCCGUGCCGUUUCCAGCGCUUACAUCGUCACUCUGGGCACGGCCGGUGGAAUCUUAGCAACAUGGACAUACAGGAAGGCGGAGGCUCCGCGGUACCCCACUGGACACACCAUCAACCUGGCUGGGCAGAUUGCAGUUUGCGUCCUGGCCCUCGCGGGCAUUGCGUACUGCAAGUGGGAGAAUAGGCAGCGCGAUCUUGGGAAGAGAGAUGGGCGCUUGAACGGCCUGAGCGAGGAGGAAAUCAGGGAUCUGGGCUAUAGGCACCCGUCGUUCCGUUACAUCACGUAG